GCUUUAUCUGAACAAACAUUUGACGUAGAUGGGUACCUUAAUCGACGAUCACGUCGUUAUAUAUUUACCCCAAAAGCAAGCGCUCCCUUCUUCCUUGGCACUCGGGUCAAAGUUUUGAGUCUCCAGUGGAGCGCAUAACUUCUAGUUGGUGCUGUAUUCAAAAUGAGCGGUUGGUUGGGCGAUUUAAGUGCUGACCAGGCGACUAAACUUGAAAAGUUUCGGAGGAGGCUCCAAGAUGUCUUGAAGGAAGAACACGAUGAUCACUGCCUACUAAGGUACCUGCGUGCACGGGCAUUUGAUCUGAAGGAAAGCGAAGCAAUGUUCAGAAAGGCAAAGUCUUGGAGGGAAUCGAUGAAGGUGGACGCGAUUUAUAAGAACUUUGAGAUGCCUAAGGUCUGUGAGAUGUAUUGGUGCGGCGGUCUUGUCGGUCACGACAAAGUUGGUAGUCCGAUCUACAUAGUACCCUUGGGCAACCUCGAUAUGAAAGGUCUGAUGCAUUCUUGCAGAACAAGCGAAAUGGUCAAAAUCAUCAUCUACUAUUUAGAACAAGUCUACAAAGACCUGGAGGAACAGUCAAAGAUGCUUGGAAGAAACGUCGAGGGAUUGAUACUCCUCUUCGACUUCGAGGGUGUUGGUGCACACCACUUGUGGAAACCAGGGAUCGAUCUUUUCAAUGAGUUUCUCACGCUGUUUGAGCAGUAUUAUCCGGAGAUCAUCAAGACAACCUACGUCCUGAAACCACCCAAGAUCUUCCCGAUCAUCUUCGCCUUGGUUAGACCGUUCCUGCGAGAGAGGACCAAGCAAAAGAUUCAAAUACUAGGAAGUAACUGGAGGGAGGUUUUACUGAAGCACAUUGAUGCCAACGAGCUCCCAGAGUUUUGGGGCGGGACUCGCCACGAUCCAGACGGCAACCCCAAGUGCCCAAGCCAGGGAUUUCUCAAUGUCAUUACAAAGUUUAUAGAUGUAUGCUUCAUUCGAAGUGUAGUUGCCGUUGGAGUGUACUCAGAGCCAAGAUAA